UGUAACAUCUAUACUGUAUAAAACAUAAAUGAGAGCGUCAUUUGAAAUUGCACUUACGCAAACGCAUUUUUAGCCUCGUGGUUUUUGAACCUUUUAGUGACUCGUAGUGAGAUACGGGUACUACCGAAUACCCGCUGGACUUGUGUUGUGACAAAGCUAGUAAGUUACCGAAGUUUCUAAUGUGUUGACUGUCCAUCUAGUUUAUAGUAAUUUCAUUUGAAUAGGCAAUUUCAAGGUACACUGGACGUAACUUUUAUCUAAUCAGCAACUAUGAAACCUCCAUUUCGUCAGCGAACUGAACCAUCACGCUUUCUACGUAAGAACGCUGAGCAAGACCAGACACUGAGUGCAAACUCGUUCUGCAAAGGAUGGGCUCGCAAAGAUCUACAGAACUUUUUGCAAGCUUUGAAGCAGCAGUGGAAUUUUGAAUCAGAGUUAGAUCUGACUGAGAUUCAAAAGAAAGUUCCCCAACGAUCUCUCAAAGAGAUUGAAGACCUGAUAAAGUCACUGAAGUCACGUAUGCUGCAGAAGGUUUAUCUACAGGUUCAAAAUCAGAGGAGGGAGAAUCGCAAGGCCAAAGUUCCCAUUGAAAUCUGGGCAGAGCUGGUACAGAAAAUCUCCAGAUCCCAUGAGAAGACUAUUUCCUCUGCCUUUUCCCAGAUGCUUGUGAUUGCUGCCACAGAGCCCUGUGGCCUGAUGCACUCUGAACCUCCACACCCUAUCAUCCAAACACCUGCUUUCUCCACCCCUCACCCUUCUCAGAUUUCUGCCUCAGGCAUGAGCCCAAGUCCCAGCAUUUUCACUACCUCCACUGCGUUUCUAAUUCAGCCCAACUCUAAUUCUAAUGCUGUUGACCAUAUUAGCACAUUUGAUAAUGCAUCAAGCAGUCCACCUCUAGUGCCUAACACACCUGAAACACCAACAUCCUCACAGAUGACAAGAAGCCCAAGCCAGCUGCAAUCAGAAACAGAACUAACAGUGUCCAGUCCUGUUUCCACUGGUCCAGUGUCACCAUCAGUUUCCUCAAAUACGCACAAUCCAGUUCAGUUAGAUCACGAUUACUUAGAGAAUGCUGAACCAAGAAUCAAGCCAAGAAUGCUGAAGUGUGUUGUGAAGUUUGACAGGAUUUAUCAGUAUUUGAGUAACAUCAGCUCUACGACCGGCAAUUUAGCCCUUACUUCUAUGGAGAGCGCAGUGUUGUUGGAUAUGCUGAUGAGUUUGCCUGAGGAGCUCCCCUUACUGGACUGCAAGGAACUUCAACAUCACCUCCUCCAGUUACACUCAAAGCUCUCCAAAACUGCAAUAAUGCCAGCUUCAAACGUCCCAUAUGCUAAUGUAGCUGAUUCUACUGCAUUAACACAUAAACUUAUGACUACUACUGGAUCCUCCACUGAGUCAUCUGUCAUGGAACCAGCAAAGGCCAAAGACUGGGCUACGGCUGGCACCUGUCCUCUCAAUCCUUUGUUAGUUCCAGUAACCUUGCUGAAAAGACUGUCUCUGGAUUCUGACAAAUGAUAUGCUUGGGCUCAGCUGAAUUCUGAAGGGUUUAGCCUAAAUAAUGUUCUGUGUGGGUCUCAUAUUUCACUCUUCUACAGGUUCAGAUUUGCUUCUUUCUUUUGUUUGUGUGUAUGAUUUAUUCAUAUUGUUUCACUACAUUUGAGUUGAUGAUUCUGUUAAAGUUUCAUAAAAAAUAAAUGUAACAUUGAAUAAAGUGUCUACAUCUUCA